GACGUGCACUAGUGGAGACUACGAAACCAUACGAAGCAUCGCUCGCAUCGCUGCUACUGCUCGUUUUCAAAGUGAAUAAUGGGUGACUGCAGUGAUAAGGUAUUCAACGACCCAGUUCAUGGUCACAUUGAACUUCAUCCACUGAUGGUAAGGUUUAUAGACACUCCUCAGUUCCAGAGACUUCGCUAUAUCAAGCAACUCGGUGGUGUUUAUUAUGUAUUCCCUGGAGCUUCACACAACCGUUUUGAGCAUUCUAUUGGAGUGGGUUAUCUUGCCGGACAAAUGGUUGAAAGUCUGAAAAGUAAACAACCAGAACUGCAAAUCGAUGAUAAAGAUGUACUGUGUGUCAAAUUGGCCGGCCUUUGUCAUGAUCUUGGGCAUGGUCCAUUUUCACAUCUCUUUCAAAAGGUGGUAAAAGAGGUGGUAGAAGAUGAUUGGAGCCAUGAGGAGCAGUCCAUCAAAAUGUUUGAUCAUCUCAUUGCGGAUAAUAAACUAAAAGAACAUAUGGAAGAUAAUCAUCUAGGAGAAGAGGAUGAGAAGUUCAUAAAGGCAUUGAUUCGAGGGCUUAAAACUGGCAAAGUUGCAACUGUCGAAGAGCAUGGAAGAGACCAGUCAAAGAGAUUUCUCUUUGAGAUUGUGGCCAACAAGAGAAAUGAAAUAGACGUUGAUAAAUUUGACUACUUUGCUCGAGAUUGUCACCAUCUUGGUAUACCAAACAGUUUGACUUCAGGCGAUACAUGAAAUUUGUUCGCGUCAUUAAAGAUGAUGGAGUACUGCAAAUAUGUGUUAGAGACAAGGAAGUGUACAAUGUGUAUGAGAUGUUCCACGCGCGCCACAUGCUUCACCUAAGAGCCUACAAGCACAAAACCUGCAGUAUCGUAGAAGAAAUGAUAAAAGAAGCCUUGAUUAAAGCUAAAGAUCACUUUAGAGUUCCAGGAACAGCAGGGGUGGAAUUAUUUGCAGCAGCUAGUGCUCCAGAAGCAUACACCCUACUUACAGACCAAGUCUUCCAACAAAUAAUGUCGUUUCAUGACCCAGACGGCAAAUUGAAAGAGGCUAAGGCUAUUCUGAAAAGAGUUGAGAAACGACAGCUGUACAAAUUUGUUGACCAGACACUAAAAAAAACUGAAGAUAAUUUUGACAGUGAAACGUUCUGUACAAAAAUGCCUCCAGAUUCAGACCUCACUAAAGAUGACAUCAUUUUAAUGCGUGUGACAUUUGACUACGAAAUGAAAGAACAAAAUCCAAUGGACUACGUGAAAUUUUUCAAAAAAGAUAACAUAAAUGUAGCAGUAACCAUUCACAGAGAGCAGCUGUCAAAGAUACUGCCGACAACAUUUAGAGAUGUACAGAUCCGGGUGAUUUGUAGGAAAGAUGACGAUGCCAGUAUCAAAGCAGCUCGGAGAUGUUUUUCGGCUUGGUUUGGUGAUGGGGACACGACCACUGAACAGCAACAUCUGGAUACGGCCCAAACUUAAAGUAAAUGCAAGAAACACAUAUAUAGAUUGUAGAAGUAAACUUUAGCUACUAGUGUAAUAGUAUUAUUAUGCACCUGUGUAAAGAAUAUAUAACCAGUUUCUGAAACCUCAUCUCUUUAGAUUGUCCUCAACAAACUGACGCACUAUUUCACAUAUAUUGCAUUGAAUUCAUGAUCAUGAUUUUAAUACAUCUUUAUGCAUUGCCAAGAAGAUAUUUAAGUCUGCCACCUGGGCUGAAUCU